GGGAAGGAGAGUUGAGUGUUUCUCUGCUGCUGUCAUUAUUCAGCUCUUCUGCUGCUGCAGCUGCGAGACAUUUCACCAUCAGUAUUUAAAGGGAUCUCAAGAAAUAGACAACUCAGAUCAUUCAGGAUGUCCCGGGAGCAGCAGGCGGUGGCUCGUGCCAGGAAAGCUUUUGAAACAGGCAGGUCCAAAUGUCUAGAGCACCGCAUCCGCCAGCUGAAGAACCUGCAGCGGUUGUUCACUGAGAGGCAGAAAGAGAUUUCAGAUGCCAUCAAGAAAGACCUCAAUAAGAGUGAGGUGGGGACCCAGCUGUAUGAGACUCUGGGCCUGGAGGGGGAGAUCAGCCUGGCCAUCAGGAAGCUGAAGGAGUGGGCGGCCCCUCGGUCCGUGGAGAAGAACCUGCUGACCAUCUCCGACACCGUCUACAUCAAGCCGGAGCCGCUGGGGGUGGUGCUGGUCAUCGGGGCCUGGAACUACCCCUGGGCCGUCACCAUACAGCCGCUCAUUGGAGCCAUCGCUGCUGGUAAUGCAGCUGUGGUGAAGCCGUCUGAGGUCAGCGUUCACACUGCGAAGGUCAUGGAGGACCUGCUCCCACUUUACAUCGACAAAGAGCUUUACCCUGUCGUAACCGGAGGUGUGUCAGAGACCCAGGAGCUGCUGCGCCAGCGCUUCGAUCACAUCUUCUACACCGGCAACAGCAUGGUGGGCAAGCUGAUCAUGGAGGCCGCUGCCAAACACCUGACACCCGUCACCCUGGAGCUGGGCGGGAAGAGCCCCUGUUACAUCGACAAGAACUGUGACAUAAACAUAGCCUGCAGGCGUGUCGUUUGGGGAAAGUACUCCAACUGUGGUCAGACCUGCAUCGCCCCAGACUACAUCCUUUGUGAGCCCAGCAUCCAGGACCGGGUUAUUGAAGAGGUCAAGAAGUCAAUUAAGGAGUUCUACACAGAAAACCCAAAGACUUGCCCCGACUACGGACGCAUCAUCAACCAGCGCCACUUCAAGAGGAUAAUGGCCAUGUUGGAGGACAGCACCGUGGCUGUAGGAGGAGACAACGAUGAGUCAGACUGCUACAUCGCACCCACAGUUUUGCGGGAUGUAAAGCCGGAUGCAAAGGUGAUGCAGGAGGAGAUAUUUGGACCUCUGCUCCCCAUUUUACCCCUCGGUGGCCUGGAUGAAGCGAUCAAGUUUAUCAACAAGGGAGAGAAACCUCUGGCCCUCUACGUCUUCACACCAGAUGACAAGGUGAUAACGAGAAUGAGAGACGAGACCUCCAGUGGAGGACUGCUGGCCAACGACUGUCUCGUUCACUAUUCUGUCAGCUCUCUGCCUUUCGGAGGAGUGGGAAACAGCGGUAUGGGCUGCUACCAUGGCAAGUUCAGCUUCGACCAGCUGAGUCACCUGCGUGGUUGUCUGAUCAAACAGCUGAAAAUGGAGGGAGUGAACAGCAUGCGGUACCCGCCUCACACACCCAAGAAACUGGGCUGGGCACGAUUCUUCAUCCUGAAGAACUUAGACCUGGGCUGGAUGGGGCGGAUGAUGCUCUUAGCCACUCUUUUUGUGGUGGCUGCUGUUGUGCUACAGAAUUAUGUCCUUUGAAGACAUCUCACUGCUUUCCAGACAACAAGCCUCCUCCGGCCUGAUGACCCAAGAGAAGAGAAGAGCAGCAUGAAGUUUUUAACGUCACAUCGAUGGGUUUCUGCAUAAAUGAGAUCAGAAUCUGCACAAGACUUGUUGUUUCACUAAUGCUGCGAUACAGUGAAUGUUAGCGUUUUGCCUUAAAUCAUUUAUUUCAGUAACGGUAUCAUAAAUCUCACAUAUCUCAUUAUCAGGAAGGUAACUAUUUAUUCCCAUAUACGGCUCUUAUGUUUGUAUUCAGUAUCACUACCUUCUAUUUUAACCUGUUAAAUCAGGUUUACAUAAAUGUCUCAAACACACUUUACAAUAUACAAAAUAAUGUUGUGAUUUUGAUAUGAAUGAUUUUAAAUGAAGUAACACAAUGUGUAAAGCUAUUGUUAAGACUGAUGUCAGGUCAUCACUGUGAAAUAUCAAUAUUUUUAGCAAUCAAAGCUCCCUGAAGUUAGUAAAAUAUAAUUAACCUGACGUCUGUUGUCAUAAUGAAACUAUUUUUUUUGUUAAAGAAUUAUCUUACAGUCAUUCUGAGUCCGUUCUGUUUCAAUGAUGGAUCAGCCAUUAACUUUAUGUUCAGUCUGAAGGUCCUUGAUCAUUUCAACCCAGUGUAGGUUUGUUUGUUUUUUUCAGUGUGUGCCUUUCCUGUGACGGCAGAGAUGAAGAUUAUAUAUGUCAGUUUUAGUGCUGUCAGAAUCAGACAGGACCAUGUGAAGGAUCAACAAAUGUCUUUUAAUAAAUUUUAGCAAUAUUCUAAAUUGUUUAUCAAUCUUUAAACAACCAUAGUUGCUAAAUCUGUUGUUUUUUUUAAUCACACAAUCAAAGAUGUAAGGGGUUUGUAGUUGAAUAAAUAUACAUGUAUUUCUGUAUUGGAUUAAUACUCAAAUAAAUAUAUUUAUACAUGUAUCUGUUUAUAAUUUGUUUAUAAUAUUAGUACAAUAUCUUACAUGUUAUUUAUAAUGUUGGAGGUGGUUUCCUAAACUUCCCGCUAAUCAUAGAGACUAUUAACUUCUAACCAGGCAUGUUAUUUCUGUGCACAAGCCCAAAAAUAAUGUACCUAAAACAAGAAGGUUACUGUUCUUCAGCCCGUUUGAUUACAGUCAUAAUCAUGGUCUCAUUUAAAAGGUAAAUCGUUAAAUUUUACGAGCAAAAAGUCAGAAUGAGUAUAAGAGAUCCUGAAAAUUAUGCCAGCAAGGCUAAAGUGUCGCUUUACAGGUUAAACACAAAUGUGCUAAUCUUUUAUCAUUUUAGCAAUUACUACACAAGACGCUGAUAUACUUCUAUAUUUUACACUAACAGAUGAUGACUUGCAACACUGCAACUUUGGGUGUGAGUUGCUCCACCAUUUCCGUUUUUGAGUCAUAUUUUCACCACCACCAUCCACAAGUGGAUGUUUUUACAGUUUGACUUGAGAUAAGAGAAAAAGCACAGGUGUCACUAAUAACGCUGACGAAGCCUCAGUUCCAGUGAGCCAGCAGGUCCUGUAUUCGUCUGAUAAUUAAGAAUGAUCAGGCCUUUUUCACUGCAGAAAAUCUGACUUGUCAUAGAAGGAAAAUCAAAGGCGUUAAUAACAUUAAUGAUAGCUCUGUUCUAUUCAAGUGUCACAUUAAGCCCUAACAGUGUGACAGUGAGGCAGCAUGAACAAUACCAGGAAUCAUUAAUGUUGUUAUUUACUUGUGUUUUACCUACUGUGACAAAAAUGUCCUCUGUGAAAAAAGGCCUAUCAAGCAAUUCAGUAUGUAUACUGACAUCCUCAACAAUACUUAAUUUUUGUCACAUUUCCAGCAUAUAAAAACGCUCAAAACCGGCUUUUAAUGAGCCUUUAUGGGAUUGUGAGUCAGCUUUUAGUCUGAUGGAGGCAGAAGAAGCUUCUAUUUGACCCACAGGAAACUGGAAACGACUCCACAGUAUCUGAUUUUGCCAGCAGGUGUCUGUCUCUCCUUGUUCACACACUUGACAAGUUGAGGUGUUUGCUUAGAG